UUAGCCAUCACUUCUGCUCUCAGAACAGCAGUGUAACAUCUUUGUCAUAUCUGCUGCACCAUGAGGUUGCUACUCCCUAACCCUGGGCUCGAUAGUAGGAUCCCUUCCUACGAGGAUCUGGAGAGGAGAGAGGAGGAGGAGGCUGGGGACAGACCUCAGUGGGACAACAAAGCCCAGUACAUCCUGACCUGUGUGGGCUUCUGCAUCGGGAUAGGCAAUGUUUGGAGAUUCCCCUACCUGUGUCAAAGUCAUGGAGGAGGUGCAUUUAUUAUUCUCUACCUGAUCCUGCUGGUGCUGGAAGGAAUGCCUCUCCUCCUGAUGGAGUUUGCCAUUGGCCAGCGUCUCAGGAAAGGAAGUGUGGGAGUUUGGAGGGCCAUCAACCCUUAUUUGACUGGUAUUGGUAUUGGCUCCAUGCUGGUGUCCUUAUUGAUCGGACUGUACUACAACACCUUAAUAGCCUGGAUCAUGUGGUAUCUCUUCAAUUCCUUUCAAAACCCACUGCCGUGGUCCCAGUGCCCUCUCAAUGAAAAUGGGACAGGCUUUGUCCCAGAGUGUCAGAGGAGCUCAACUAUGGAUUACUACUUUUACAGAGUGACUCUGAAUACUUCAACCUCUAUAGCGGAUUCUGGAGGGAUUCACUGGCCCAUAGUAGUCUGCCUGCUAGCUGCCUGGACGGUCAUCUGUAUCUGCUACAUACGAGGGAUCAACACUUCAGGCAAGGCGGUGUACGUCACAGCCAUCCUGCCCUACAUCGUGCUGGCCAUCUUUCUUGUCCGAGGACUGACUCUCAAAGGAGCACUGAGUGGAAUAAAAUACCUUUUCACACCAGAUAUUGCUGAGCUGACCAAACCGACAACUUGGCUGGAUGCAGGCGCCCAAGUGUUUUAUGCCUUCAGCUUAGCAUGGGGGGGACUGAUUUCCUUUUCAAGCUACAACCCUGUUCACAACAACUGUUUGAAAGACGCUAUGAUCCUGACAGCCAUCACCGGCUUCACUUCGAUCUACGCUGCCACAGUCACCUACACCAUCAUUGGCUUCAGGGCCACAGAGAAUUAUGACAACUGUAUCAGUGAUAACAUCCUGACUCUAUUAAAUGCGUUCGACCUUCCUGAAGACAGCAUCACUACAAGCAGCUAUGAUGCAGCCUUUACUCAUCUCAACAGCACCUAUCCUGAUGUUAUUCUUGGAUUAGACAUAAAAACCUGUGACAUGCAGAUAUUUCUGAGUGAGGGAGUGGAGGGAACUGGUCUGGCCUUCAUUGUGUUUACAGAAGCUAUAACAAAAAUGCCUGGCUCCCCAGCCUGGUCUGUUCUCUUCUUCUUGAUGCUCUUUUGCUUGGGAGUCUCUACUUUAUUUGGUAACAUUGAGGGUGUCGUGGUCCCGCUGAAAGAUCUGAAAAUUUUGCCCCACAAAUGGCCCCAAGAAGCAGUAACUGGAGUAACAUGUGUUAUCGCCUUCAUCAUCUCCCUCCUGUUUGCACAGCAUUCUGGGUUUUAUUGGGUAACCCUCUUUGACAACUUUGCCGGAUCUGUUCCACUGCUGACGAUUGGGUUUUUUGAGAUGAUAGCUGUUGUUUACAUCUACGGCAUAGACAGGUUCAAUGAGGACAUCAAGUUCAUGAUAGGAUCCAAGCCCUCCAUCUUCUGGCAGGUUUCCUGGAGAUUCGUCAGUCCUCUCGUCGUUCUGGUGAUUCUAGUUUUUUAUCUGGUUACACAGGGCCAAGAGGAGCUCACCUACUUAGUCUGGGAUCCCAAAUCUGCCAAGUUUCCGUCUUUGGCAUCAGUCUCGUACCCUUCGUGGAUAAAUGUGGUCAUCUUUGUUCUGGCAGGAAUCCCCAGUCUUGCAGUGCCUGUUUAUGCCGUAUGUAGAUGGGUCUAUGUCUACUGCAAAACCAAAAGUACUCAGAGGGAAAAGAUGGUCAACAGUCCUUAACUUUUCAAAUCAAGGGAAACUCCAAAUAAAGUGUGUUUAUUUGCUAUAAUACUGAGCAUCUGGAGGAAUUAGAGACUGAUACUAUGAGGGUUUAAAUGUUGUUUUAAGCUUUACUGACUUUGGUUUGGCAUCUCCAGGUUAAGAUCAAAUAUUUAUUGUUUUUUUAUGCAAAUUUAAAAACAGGAAAAACAUUUUUGCAGCUACCUACACGUAAUAACAAUAAUUAUGAAAACUAUCACUGUGGAGCCUGUAUGUAGCUUUGUAAUCCCAUCUUUCACAACAGAUGGAUGCAACUACAACAUGCACAACAAAUUAUUUUACUCACAAUUUACUGACAGUUUAGUGAAAGACAAAAGAGUGGAUUUAAAAUGUCCUUUAAAUUCAAAACAUAUGGUUCCCAUACAUUUGUACUAUUGCUGUAACUUUAAGAUUCAUUCUUUUAUACUUCCAUGACUCUGAAUAAUCUCUGAAUAAUAAUGUGAACAAUGAAU